CUCUGCUCACUUACUUUCAGUCAUAAUAAUCAUUGUAAAUAAAUAGUGCCUGCCCCCCUCCCUUUAAUCUGAGAUAAAAAAGAGCAGACAGACUCCUCCUCCCUUCUCUCUCUCUUUCUCCCUCUCUCUUUCUUUCUCGUCCUGUCUCCUGUAUUCCUCCUCUCUGGACUUCUCUUGUAUGUUGCCCUGAUGGAUAUGUGGAGGAUCUUUCUGUCUCUUUCUCUCGUGGUCCAGCAGAGUUCAGCUGAAGAAGUUAUGCUGUUGGACACUACAGAGUCCACUGCUGAACUAGGCUGGACGACAUAUCCUGACACAGGGUGGGAUGAGGUGAGCGUGUUAGAUGACAAGGGGAAACUCAUGCGUACCUUUGAAGUCUGCAAUGUUAACCAGAACACUCGUCUCCAAGACAACUGGCUUGCUACACCCUUCCUGUACCGGCAGUCGGCUCCGCGGAUCUUCGUGACACUGCGCUUCUCGGUUCGCGACUGCGCCAGUUUACGUUCACCGUCUCCGACGUGCAGAGAGACGCUGACGCUCUACUAUAAACAGGCCGACUCCCAGAGGGAACUGGAGAGAACCUGGGCAGCUGAACCUUCAACUGGAGAAUCGAGAGAGGGCUGGGUGAAGAUCGACACCAUCGCAGCGGACAAAAGCUUCAGCCGCGUGGAGCCGAGUCUACCUCACCAGUACAAAUCUGAGAGUGCGCGACGCAUCAAUGUGAAAACCCGCAGCUUUGCACCUCUUACACGCAAAGGGUUUGUGUUAGCAGUGGUAGACAGCGGAGCGUGCGUGUCCCUCAUGGGUGUUUCAAUAUUUUACCGCCGCUGUCCAGCAACCAGUCGUUACCUGGCUUUCUACCCUGCCACGCCCUCAGGGGCUGAGCCCACAUCUCUGGUUCCAGUGACUGGGACUUGUGUACCUCAUAGCCAAUCACAAGGUGGGACACCGCCAAGAAUGCACUGUAACACAGAGGGUGAAUGGCUGGUGCCUGUAGGAGGAUGCACGUGUGAUGCGGGAUAUGAGCCGAACCAUAAUGGCUCAGCCUGUCUGGCGUGCCAAAUUGGGUCCUAUAAAGCGCUCGCAGGCUCAGGUUCCUGUACGGAGUGCCCGGCUAACAGCAGAACCAGUUCAGAAGGCUCCAAGCUUUGCGAGUGUCGGAGUGGUUUCUACCGCGCGCCCACCGAUGCUAAUACUACAGCCUGCACAAGUUCUCCAUCAGCACCAGUGUCCCUUUCCUGGGAGUAUGAGAGCGCAGAAGGUGGGGUAUCACUGAGAUGGAGACCACCCACAGAUAUGGGGGGUCGGAGUGAAGUGUGGUAUGGGGUGGUGUGUCGAAUCUGCCCUUCUGCCACUAACACCCCACCCAGCAUGUGCUCCUGGUGUGGAGAGAUGGUUACUUUUUCCCCCUCUCAGAAUGGUUUAAAACAGACGAGGGUCACUCUCAAAAACCUGCUCACUAGGGUCACCUACCUCAUACAGGUUCAGGCAAUAAAUGAAGUAUCGGCACUAAGUCCGUUUCCACCUCAGUUUGCCAGCAUCAACUUCACCACCAGCCAAUCAGUGCCUUCUGAGGUUCCAAUGCUGCACCAGUUGAGCAGAGUUCAAGACUCCAUCACACUGUCAUGGCCUCAGCCUGAUCGGCCCAAUGGCGACAUCCUAGAAUACCAGCUUCGAUACUACGAUAAGGGUUCAGAUGAGGACAGUGCUGUGAGUGUGUUCAGUGAAACUAACACAGUAACAGUUGGAGGUUUGAUUCCAGGCUCCAUCUAUGCCUUCCAGAUUCGUGCUCGAAACGAGAGGGGCUAUGGACCUUACAGCCACACCAUUUACUUCAGCACUUUAGCAAUGGAGGAACAGUCCAAGCAAAUUCAAAACCGUCUGCCACUUAUGGUUGGAUCAGUGAUGGGUGGGGCAGCGUUUCUAUUAGUUGUAACAGCAAUCGUCAUCGUGUUUGUGUUUAAGAGUAAAAGGAGAGAGAGUCCUUAUAGUGACAGACUGCAGCGAUACAUCAGCAACAGAGGUGGAGUGAAAUAUUACGUAGACCCCUCCACUUACGAAGACCCCAGUGAGGCCGUCAAAGAAUUUGCACGGGAAAUUGACCCUGCUCACCUAAAGAUCGAAGAGGUCAUUGGUGCUGCUCAGUUUGGUGAGGUGUCCCGUGGGCGGUACAGACCCCUGGGUCGUAGAGAGGUAUUGGUUGCAGUUAAAACUUUACGCUGGGGAGUGACAGACCGAGAGAAGAAUGUGUUUCUCACCGAGGCAGGAGUCCUUGGCCAGUUUGACCACCCCAAUGUACUGAAGCUGGAGGGUGUGAUAACCCGCACACCACCUGAACGUAUUAUCACAGAGUUUAUGGAGAACGGCCCACUUGAUGCCUUUCUGAGGGAGAAUGAGGAUCAGUUUAGUGUGCUACAGCUGGUAGGCAUGCUGAGAGGCGUUGGAGCUGGAAUGCGUUAUCUUUCAGAGAGGAAUUUUGUUCAUCGUGAUCUCGCAGCGAGGAACAUUCUUGUGAAUUCGAACCUGGUGUGUAAGGUGUCUGACUUCGGCCUGUCACGUUUAAUGAGGGGGCUGGACCGCAACAUGCCCACCUACACUGCAUCGCUGGGUAGUAAGAUCCCUGUACGGUGGACAGCCCCUGAAGCUUUCCAGCAUCGUAAGUUCAGUUCAGCAAGUGACGUCUGGAGCUUUGGCAUACUCAUGUGGGAGGUCAUGUCAUAUGGAGAACGUCCGUACUGGGACAUGAGCAACCAAGAGGUAAUGAAGGCAGUUGUAGAUCAGUACCGCUUGCCUGCUCCGACCUGUUGUCCGCCUGCUCUUCAUGCACUCAUGCUUCAGUGCUGGCAGGCUGACAGACAGGACCGACCAGGCUUUGACUCUCUUCUGUCGUCUCUUGACCGCCUCAUACGACACCCCGCUUCCCUGAAGGCUGACCAUAUCCGUCCCACCCAGCCACUGCUAAGCCCCACCCCUACAGACCUCUCAUCAGUUGUAACAGUCAGUGAUUGGCUGACAGCUUUAAAGAUGGAUCGAUAUAAGGAUGCUUUUGAAAGAGCACAGUUUCACAGUUUGGAAAGAGUGAGCAUGCUCACAAUGGAGGAUGUACAGGCUGUAGGUGUAAAUUUAAUUGGUCAUCAGCGGAAGAUCGUAAACGCAGCUAAACAGCUCAGGACACAUCUUACUCAGGGACAUGUGGAAGUCUAGGGCUUCCCACUUUGUGUUAACACAGCAGUGCAUGCUGGGGGUCGUAUAACCAACAGCCUGUGUCAGCCCACAACAACACUGGACGAGAAUGAAAGAGAGAGACCGAAAGAGAAGCUUUGAUGAAGACGAUUAAUACUUAUUCACUUAACUGUCCCACCCUUCCUUCCCAAACUGCCGUCUUCCAUAUUCCUACUCCGAUUUCCUCCUUUAUUGUUGCACUACCUCUCACUUUUUGGUUCAUUGCUUAUUAUGGCAUUCAGUAUGAACUUGCGCCUUAAAUACACAAAGAAGGAAACUGCUUUUACAAUCAAUUGCAAAGACAAUCAGAGACUUUGAAUGGACAGUUAUUGUCUUUGUUGGCACUUUUGGUCAAUGGCACUAGAUGUUGUGUUAUUAACUGUACACACUGCAAAAAAAUCUAACUUUGUAUUUAAUUUGUCUUUUUGUCUAAUACAAAUAUUCAAACAUCCGUAAAAUAAGACAUAAUUAAAGAAAACUGUAUUUUUGGUUCCCUUAUGGUAGUGAUUCUCAGAUUUUUCAGCGUGCGCCCCCUCCCUUAAUCCCCCCUCCCAAGGAAAGUCAUGACAUGAAACUGUCAUAAAAAGACUUUUAAAUAAACAAUUUAUAAUAAAUUAUACGGUAUAAUGCUGUUGGUUAUUUUGCUGAUGUUGUACUAUUUGAUAAAAUCCCAUAAUGCCCUGGCCACGCCACCCAGUUUCAGAACCACUGCCUUCCAGGAAAGUAUUUUAUUGUUGUUUUAAGCUUUAACCUCAAGCUGGUAUUAAAAAAAUUAAAUAGCAAUCAUUUGAUUUAUUAGUACUCCGAGCUUAAUAGUAUCUUUAAAAAAAAAUCAUCAUGAGAUUUUGUUUUACAAAUAAAUGUAUCUUGUUUUAAGGAUGUUUAAAUAUUUAAAAGAAAUAAUAAUUAAGAGAAUGUUUUCUUGCAGUACAGUCAGUCUCAUUUUUGGCACCUGCAGCUAAAAACUUGUGGCAUGUAGACUGAUGUACUUAUUAUACAGUAGAUGUGGAAAGUGAGGAAAGUUUUUGAUUUACAAUAUGGCCACAGUAUAGUUUUUAGGGUGACCUGACAUGAUCUCAUUGGUCUCAGUGAUCAUCACAUUAACAUAUAAAAGCACAAGGUUCAAAUCAUGUUGUGCUUCUGUGUGCUGAUCCUGAAGACAUUUCCUAUCACCAGUCCUGAUCUUGUCCCAAAGUACAUGAUUAUCUCACCCCUUGAAUAAUGUAGCAUAAAGUCACAUUGUAACAUAUGAACAUUGUAUGGUAGAUUUUGCAUUAAAUGUGAUUAUUAUUGAUUGAUAUGGGAGUGCGUGAUGUAUGUAUGUAUAUUAUUUUGAGUGUGUGUGUUUGUGUGACAGCCUUUAAGUGUAUAGUAUGUUUGGCAUGUGGAUUUCUGUGUGUAGAAAUCCAUGCACAGUUCAAAAGAGUGUAUGAUCAAGUGGUUGUAUAUUUCGAUCUGUUUCAUUGUACAGUUGUUCAUUACCACGAUUCCACCAUUGUGCAAAUUUGUAAAAUAUAUAUGAUUUUGUUUAAA